AUGUUGAGAUCCGCAGCUCCCUUGAGAUCUUUUCUUAGAUUCAAUUCGUCCAAAGCCGGCCACUACGACGCCGUGGUGAUUGGCGGUGGUCCCGGUGGUUACAUCCACGCCAUCAAGUUGGCCCAGCUCAACUUGAAGACCGCCUGUAUCGAGUCCAGAGGCGCCUUGGGUGGUACUUGUCUUAACGUGGGCUGUAUUCCUUCGAAAUCGCUUUUGAACAACACCCAUUUGUACCACCAGAUUAAGCACGAGUCCAAGGACAGGGGCAUUGACCUUCCUGGAGAGGCCUCCAUCAACGUGGCCAACUUGCAGGCUGCCAAGGAGAAGUCCGUCAAGGGCUUGACCUCAGGUGUGGAGAUGCUUUUUAAGAAAAAUGGUGUCACCUACUUGAAGGGUCAUGGCGCUUUCAAGGAUGAAAAGACCCUCACUGUCAAGCCCAUCGAUGGCUCGGAGCCAUACGAGGUUUCUGCAGACAACAUCACCAUUGCCACUGGUUCGGUGCCAACUCCAUUUCCCGGUAUCGAGAUUGACGAGGAGAGAAUUGUCACCUCUACUGGUGCCUUGUCCUUGAAGGAAGUUCCAAAGAAGAUGGCCAUCAUUGGUGGUGGUAUCAUUGGUUUGGAGAUGGCCUCUGUCUACUCGAGAAUUGGUUCUGAGGUGACCAUCAUUGAGUUUCAGAACGCCAUCGGUGCUGGUAUGGAUGGUGAAGUGGCCAAGCAGACCCAGAGAUUGUUGCAGAAGCAGGGCUUGAAGUUCAAGUUGGGCACCAAGGUGACCAGCGGUAAGAGAGACGGCGACAUUGUCAAAAUCUCUGUGGAGGAAGUCAAGUCGGGCAAGACCGAGGAUUUGGAGGCCGAUGUGUUGUUGGUGGCCAUUGGCAGAAAACCAAACACCGAGGGCUUGAACCACCAGGCCGUUGGUGUGGAGGAGGACGAGAGGGGAAGAAUUGUCAUUGACUCGCAGUUCAGAACCGCCAAGCCUCACAUCAGAGCCAUUGGUGAUGCCACUUUCGGUGUCAUGUUGGCCCACAAGGCGGAAGAAGAGGGUGUCGCCGCCGCUGAGUACAUCAAGCACGGCCACGGCCACGUGAACUACGGUAACAUUCCAUCUGUCAUGUACACCCACCCAGAGGUUGCAUGGGUCGGCGCCAGCGAGGAGCAAUUGAAGGCUGACGGUAUCAAAUACAAGGUUGGUAAGUUCCCCUUCGUUGCCAACUCGAGAGCCAAGACCAACUUGGACACUGACGGAUUUGUCAAGUUCCUUGCCGACGCAGAGACCCAGAGAAUCUUGGGUAUCCACAUCAUUGGUCCUAACGCUGGUGAGAUGAUUGCCGAGGGUGGCUUGGCGCUUGAGUACGGAGCCAGCACCGAGGACGUUGCCAGAACGUGCCAUGCUCAUCCAACCUUGUCUGAGGCCUUUAAGGAAGCCGCUUUGGCCACCUUCGACAAGCCUCUCAACGCUUAA